GAAGAUAAUGGUCUUUGUUUCGCAGGGAGGAAUGCGGCGGCAGGACUGCUUUGUUUUCAUGUGUUACAGCUGCAGUUCAGCUACCCUCCAUUUUAACCAGUUUGAAAGCUGCAGCUGAGAUUCCUCUGUCUGUCAGAGAAUACUUCUUGUAUUUCUUCUGUUUCCAGGAGGGAACAAAUCCUGACCUGUUAUCAGAGCUGAAAGUUGUCAUGCAGCUGGCAGGGUGGCGCAGGCUUUCUGCUGCUUCCAUGUCAGAACUUUGACAACAGUUUAAAUGCAUUCAGUUCAAACAAACAAAAAAAGGUUUGCAGGAAAGUAGUGUGCCUGCACCCAGUUUAGCUUUGUCUUUCCACUAGGAAGAGUAUCACUUUGACUGUGGCAAAGCUCAUUGGAUCAAAGCAUUUUUCCCCUCCAGGGUCGAGAAACAAACAGUGAAAAGUGCCUCAUCUUGAAUGAGCUGGCAGGUAACAGGUAACUAGAAUGGCAGCUUAAUAUUUAAUGUUUAAAUUCUAGUGGUUGAAAACUUGAAACUAGAACAGAGAGGUUAGACUUUGUACUUUGCAUAGAGUUUCUCUCCAUGAGAAUCUGCCUAUAUGUUCUCACUGCCUGCUCCACAGAGAUUACUACAUACACCUCUUGUCUUUCAGAAUGAAAAUCGCAGAAAUGAAAACAUCUCAAGAGUGCAGCUGCUGUUGGAGACAGACAGGAUGUGGAUGACUAACAUUGUAGGCCUUUGUCUGCUGGCCUUGGUGGCCUCUGCAGAGGAUGUGAAGCUGAGCACCCACGCCACCACGCUGGCUGAUAAAAGCGCCAACUUGGCCUUCAGCCUGUACCACACCAUGGCAAAGGAGAAAGACACAGAGAACAUCAUCAUUUCUCCUGUGGUGGUGGCCUCCUCUCUGGGGCUGGUGGCUCUUGGUGGCAAAGCCUCCACUGCCUCCCAGGUGAAAACAGUCCUCAGCGCUGACAAACUCAAGGAUGAGCAUCUGCACGCAGGCCUGUCAGAGCUCCUCACUGAGGUGAGCAACGCCAAGACACGCAACACCACCUGGAAAAUCAACAACCGCCUCUACGGCCCCAGCUCUGUGUCCUUCGCUGACGAGUUUGUGAAGAACAGCAAGAAGCACUACAACUACGACCACUCCAAAAUCAAUUUCAGGGACAAGAGGAGCGCAGUGAACUCCAUCAACGAGUGGGCUGCCAAAUCCACAGGCGGCAAGCUGCCCGAGGUCACCAAGGACGUGCAAAACCCAGACGGAGCCAUGAUUGUCAACGCCAUGUUCUUCAAGCCUCACUGGGAGGAGAAAUUCCACGAUAAAAUGGUGGACACCCGUGGUUUCCUGGUUACUCGCUCAUUUACUGUCGGAGUUCCCAUGAUGCACCGCACAGGUCUUUAUGAUUUCUACGAGGACACAGAAAAUAAACUCUUUGUGCUGAGCAUGCCUCUGGGCCAGAAACAGGCCUCCAUGAUCCUUAUCAUGCCCUAUCACCUGGAGCCCCUGGAGCGCCUGGAGAAGCUCUUGACAAGGAAGCAGGUGGACACUUGGCUCAGCAAGAUGGAGAACAGAGCCGUAGCCAUUUCCCUGCCUAAGAUCUCAGUGGAAGUCAGCCACAAUCUGCAGAAACACCUGGCUGAGCUGGGCCUGACAGAAGCUGUGGACAAAGCCAAGGCUGACCUGUCCAACAUCUCUGGAAAGAAGGAUCUCUACCUUUCCAGCGUCUUCCACGCAUCAGCCCUGGAGCUUGACAUCGAAGGAAACCCAUACGACACAAGCAUCUUUGGUACUGAGAAGCUGAGGAACCCCAAACUCUUCUACGUAGAUCACCCCUUCAUUUUCCUGGUAAAGGACAACAAGACCAACUCCAUCCUGUACAUCGGCAGAGUGGUUAAACCUAAAGGGGACAAAAUGCGUGAUGAGCUAUAAUGUUUAAAGUUAUAAAUCGUGGUGGGUAGCUUUAUUAUUUGUGAAACUAUGGCAGGAAACUGUGCACGUGUGUAAUUGUGUGUGAUUUUAUGUGCGCGCAUGUGUUGUUUUUGGUAUGAUUGUUACCUCAGUAGCACAUUCCAAUUGACAAUCUGUGGACUGAAUAUCCGAGCUUAGAAACAUUCGACUUUCCCAGGGAGCAAAUCUGUUUACAUAGCUUCGUCUUAAGAACAUGCUGGUUUGAAUAAUCUAAAAAAAAGAACACGGACGUGCCUUCUUUAAGACUUCCACAAACAAACAGCAGUCGGCACAACAGACAGCAUGCUUAUAUUAAGUACGAGUCCUCUUUCACAUCCUGUUUUUGCCUGCGUGUGUUCGGCUACAACCUGUGUGUGCGUUUUUGUUUUUUUGCAAUAUCUUUAAUGUUUAAAGAGAAAAAAGAUCGAUGCACAAGCUGUUUUACAGUGCUGUCUCAUUCCCCCUCUCAUUUUGCCUCCAGUCUGCACUGAACUGUUCCCCUGCACGAACUGAGCUUGCAGGGGAAAGGUGGCAAAACGUCUGGUGCUUAAUUUAAGUUGCAAACCAUCUUCUGUGUCGUUUUCUUGCUGUAGGUAUUUUCCACAAAGAAUCUGUUGGAAUCGUGUGAUUUGUGAUUAAUGUGGACCUUUUUCAAUAAAAAAAAAAUGAA